AUGUCUAGUAAUAAAAUCUCAAAACAAAAUAUCGAACUUAUUGAUUUGCCUGAUAAACCAUUAACAAAUCUAAUUGUAGAACAAGAAUUACAGCAACAGAUUGCCGUGACUACUGGAGAUAAUAAUUCAGCUAUGCUAGAUGAAAACUCAAUGCAAGAUAUUGACAUUUCUAUCAAUGAUUUAUCCCCAGUUUCAGCCCAAGCCAUAGUAUGCAUGUUUCGAAAGGCGAUUCGAUCUGGUCAAGAUACAAUUUUAUAUUGGUAUCACUUUGCUGGAAAAUAUGACAGAAGAAUAGAUGAAGUUUCUGUUAGUAACAAAGUUG